AGGUGGAGCUCAGGAGGAACUACCGGAAAACUUCUCCUGCAGCUGCUGGUGUGCAUGAAACCCUGAGUCAGGCCUGUGGGUGCAGCUCGGACCAUGGGUCUGCAGGAGGACUUCCUCAUGAUUCAAGUGUCCAUCCCGUCCACGGAGGAGAAGGAUGUGAACGAGUCCGGCAAGGCGAAAAAGUUUUUCAGAGUUGAAGUCCUGUUCAACGAGAGGAAACAUUAUGUGCUCCGCAGAGCGAGUGAGUUCCAGUCGCUCCACAGAAAGCUCAGGAAGCUCAUCCAGACUCCAGAUUAUCCCAGCAAAAGGAACCCCCACCUGAGGACCAAACCUAUGGAGCAGAGGAGGCAGGAGCUGCAGGAUUACAUCCAGGAGAUCAUCUAUCUAAAUGAAGACGUGCCUCAGGUGCUGCUGGACUUCCUGCACCUGAAACACUUUCACACAGGAAACAAGAUCAGCAGCGCUGAAUCCAUGGAUGAGUUGGACAGUCAGGGGUCAAAUUAUGAGUUACCACAUCAGCGAGUGUUUGGGUUUUUCCAGGAUCCUUAUCUCUCUGAGCGCUCCUCAGGCCUCCCAGAUAUUGUCGUGGACGGGGUCCUUCAAGGUUUUUACCCCCGGGAUGUUCGGGUCAGUUUCAACGCCUCCACCUUCCCUGCGAACGACCGCACACCUGUAGAGGGCUGAGACACCGAAUCCAGAGGGAAAGAUGAAUGAAAACCCCAAAC